AUGGAAGGAGGCCUGCCCUACUCUGGAGAAAGCAACCACAAAGAAGCAACUGGGGUCACACCCGAUUCUGCUGCGGCUGCCCACUCAGAUGAAGACGAUGGAUACGAAGACCUGACUUCAUUUAGAAGAAACCAGGAGCAGAAAGAAACUAGCGAUCUCACAGGUGCUAACAGAAGUCCAAAGAACUCUCUAAGUCCCAACUCUUCCAUGACCACAAAAGAACUUCAGGAAUACUGGAGGAAUGAGAAACGCAAUUGCCGAGCAGUCAAAGUACUUUUUGAAAUCCCGUCUGCCAGAAUUGUAGAGAAGGCCUUCUCUAAGUAUGUGAAAUACCAAAUCAUCAUCAUCCAAACUGGCAGUUUCGACAGCAACAGAUCAAUAAUUGAGCGCCGGUACUCAGAUUUCGAAAGGCUGCACGCAAACCUUUUGAAGACGUUUUAUGAUGAAAUGGAAGACGUUCCCUUUCCCAAAAAGAGCUUGACUGGGAACUUCACGGAAGACGUUAUCAUGGAGAGGAAAUUAGCCUUCCAGGAUUACCUGCGGCUUCUCUAUUCCAUGGAAUGUAUCCAGACGUCGAGUACGUUUAUCGAUUUCUUAAUAGGACUCGAAAUGGAGGAAGCCUACAGUUGCCUACGUGGAGGACAGUAUACCAGAGCUUUGGAGAUAUUUCUGCAAGUUGUGCCCCUGCAGGAAAAACUAAUCAAGCACAGGCCGAUUCUUCUGGUCCCAACCCUUUGUGCCAUUCUCAUCUGUCACAAAGACCUAGAUGAUUCCAGAAGCGGCUAUGAAUUUGGAGAGAAAGCCUUACGGCGCCUUCAGAACCAUCCCAAGCACAGAUACUUUAUGCCCCUGCUGGAAACAAUGAUCUCCAUGGCGUAUGAACUUGGCAAGGACUUUGUGUCCUUACAAGAGAAACUGGAAGAGAGAAGAGCCAAGAAAGGACCCAGAAAAGCAGUGACCCUGAAAGAACUUGCUGUUCAGGAGUACGUACAUUGA